AUGCUUAUGUUGAGUCAGCAGCUGAUCCAUGCGUCCAUCAAUCCCAAUAUCCAUAGUAUGACCGACGAGUCGCCGACGCUUUGCGCCCGUUCUAUACCAAUGGACUGCGGAAGUGGUGGCGGCGGCAGCGGUGGUGGUGUCCCUCCCCAGCGACGGGUGUCUAAAGAGAACCUCCGGUCGCCGACCGACGAACCGCUUGACCCGCAACUGUUCGUCGCGUUAUACGAGUUUCAUAGCGGAGGAGAACAUCAAUUAUCUCUACAAAAAGGGGAACAGUUCCGAGUCUUGGCGUACAACCGGUCGGGCGAGUGGUGCGAAGCGCAGUCACGUGGCGGCCAAGUGGGUUGGGUGCCCAGCAAUUACAUCGCGUCGGUGAACAAUCUGGAGCAGUACAGCUGGUACCAUGGGCCAAUAUCCAGGAAUGAGGCCGAAUAUCUGCUAAGCUCCGGCACCGACGGCUCGUUUCUGGUGCGCGAGAGUGAGUCGAGUCCCGGCCAACGGUCCGUAGCCGUGCGAUACGAGCGACGCCUCUAUCACUACCGGAUCAGCGAAGACACCGACGCCAAAGUGUACGUGUCAUCCGAGCGCCGGUUAAACACAUUGGCCAAACUCGUCGACCACCACAGUAUGCACGCCGACGGACUCAUUGUGAUCCUCUUAUACCCGGCGCCCAAACCCAAUGAGUCCCGAACCCAAAGAGUGGCAGAUCAGGACUGCGACACUAUUAUUAAACUAGCUAUUAAUGAUUUUGUGAAUUUAAUUAUUGUAUAA